UAUGCUGAUUGCAUCCCAACUGGAACCAACAUAUGCCAGGACAGUUUAUCCAUGUUUUGAUGAACCUGCCUUGAAGGCCACAUUUAAUAUCAGAAUUGUCCAUGACCCAAGCUAUGUGGCUCUUUCCAACAUGCCUGCUAUUGAUGUAUCUGAAAUGAAGGAUGAGAACGGAAGCCUGUGGGCUGUUACCACAUUUAACACUUCACUGAAAAUGUCAACUUACUUGACUGCUUUUGUGAUUUGUGAUUUUGAUUAUGUCACCAGAACUGAGCGAGGAAAUGAGAUACGUAUUUGGGCUCGGAAAGAGGCAGUUAAAAACGGGUAUGUUGACUAUGCUUUAAAUAUCACAGGCCCAAUAUUUUCAUUUCUGGAAGACUUACUUAAUGUCAGCUACCCUCUGCCAAAGACAGAUCUGGUUGCACUGCCUGAUUUUGGAGCAGGUGCUAUGGAAAACUGGGGGCUAAUGACUUUCCAAGAAUCAUCACUGAUGUACCUCCCAAGUGAUAAAUUCACAAGCAGAAAGGCAAUGAUUGCC